AUGACAGAUGUUCAAGUAUUCGACCAAACCGAUCUUGAAUCCAGUAUAACAUCAAAAGCAAAUAGAAUUCUAAUUAUAAAAGAUAUAGAACAAGAUGAAAAAAGAUUAGAUAAAUUACAAAAAGAAGUUUCAAAAUCAACAAAACAUUUAAAUUCAUUAAUUUCAAAAUUAUCUAACCCAAAAACCAAAAUAAGUGAAAAGAAGCUUAAAAAUGAUAUUUCAUGGUUUGAAAACAAUGAUUUAAACCCUAAAAAGCAAGACUUAAAAGAUAUAAAAUUAAGAAUUUUAGAAAAUCAAAAUUUAUUAAUAAAAAUUGAUUCUGGUGAAACCACCAAAACUGAUGAUCAAAGUGGUGAUAAUGGUAGAUUACCUGAUGAAACUGAAAGAGAAUAUUUAAUCCGAAUUGGUAAGAUUACUGCUUUUGGGAAUGAAAAUUCAUUUAAACUGAUAGAUGGCAAUACGUCUAAGCAAAGUCAUAUUUUCUUAAAAAAACCUGGAUUUGAUGAUGUUGAAGAAUUGACUUCCGAUUAUAAAAAAGAUUCUGAUUUUGAAAAGAAAACGUCUGAUAAUAAUGAGAUUGAAGAAAUUCAAGAUUUAGAGAAAAAUGAUGAAGAAGUGGAACAAGAUUCAGAUGAUGAUGAAGAUUAUAAAUAUAAUGAAGAAGAAAUUGAGAAAGAAGAAGAAGAAUCAAAAUUAGAUGAUCAAAUAGAAGAAAUAGAAGAAGAAAAUAAUGAAGAUGAAGAAACUCGUAAUAUAGAUGAUGGAAAUGAAUUAUAUUAUCAAAAACGACUAAAACAAUGGAUUAAAAAAAGAUCAUCAUUACGUAAAAAAUCUAGUACAAAUUCAAAAGAAUCAGAAGAAAAAGAAGAAUGGUUUAAACCUCAUCCUACAAUACCUGAUGCUGAAUUGAAUGAUGUAUUCAAAUUACCAGGAGAUAUUUAUCCAUCAUUAUUUGAUUAUCAAAAAACUUGUGUACAAUGGUUAUGGGAAUUAUAUUCACAAAAAACAGGUGGUAUAAUUGGUGAUGAAAUGGGAUUAGGUAAAACAAUACAAAUUAUUUCAUUUUUAGCUGGUUUACAUUAUUCUGGAUUAUUAAAAAAACCCGUGUUGGUGGUUGUUCCAGCAACUGUAUUGAAUCAAUGGGUAAAUGAAUUUCAUAGAUGGUGGCCACCAUUAAGAUGUAUAAUUUUACAUAGUAUAGGAACAGGUAUGACAAAUAACCAAACUGAAAAAAUGAGUGAAAUUGAAAUUGAAAAUUUUUUAGAAAAUAGUGAUCCAAAAUCUUCAAAAAAUUCUUUAAAGAAUAUAAAAUCUCAAAUUAAUGCAAAAGAAAUUAUAAAUAGAGUUAUGAAUGAUGGUCAUGUUUUAAUUACAACUUAUGUUGGGUUAAGAAUUUAUUCGAAAUAUAUUUUACCACGUCAAUGGGGGUAUGUUGUAUUAGAUGAAGGUCAUAAAAUUAGAAAUCCAGAUUCUGAUAUUUCCCUUACAUGUAAACAAAUUAAAACAGUUAAUAGAAUUAUAUUAUCAGGUACACCAAUACAAAAUAAUUUAAUUGAAUUAUGGUCAUUAUUUGAUUUUAUAUUUCCUGGUAGAUUAGGUACUUUACCAGUAUUUCAAAAUCAAUUUUCAAUCCCAAUAAAUAUUGGAGGUUAUGCAAAUUCAAAUAAUUUACAAGUUAAAACUGCUUAUAAAUGUGCUUGUGUGUUACGAGAUUUAAUAUCACCAUAUUUAUUAAGAAGAUUAAAAAAAGAUGUUGCACAAGAUUUACCAAAAAAGAAUGAAAUGGUAUUAUUUGUAAAAUUGACUGAAUUGCAACAGGAUUUAUAUGAAAAAUUUUUAAAUAGUGAAGAUUUUAAUUCUAUAAUAAAAGGGAAAAGAAAUGUUUUAAUGGGAGUUGAUAUAUUAAGAAAAAUUUGUAAUCAUCCAGAUUUAAUUUAUAGAGAUUCAAACAAGUAUAAAGAAAAUUAUGGAGACUUUCAGAAGUCAGGUAAAAUGCAAGUUUUAAAAAAUCUUUUGCAAUUAUGGCAAAAUGAAAAUCAUAAAACUUUAUUAUUUUGUCAAACAAGACAAAUGUUAGAUAUCUUGGAAAAAUUUAUUUCAAAUUUGUCAACUCUCAAGAACUCGGAUGAAAAAUUUACAUAUUUAAGAAUGGAUGGAAGUACACCAAUUGCAAAAAGACAAUAUUUAGUUGAUAAUUUUAAUAAUGAUCCAAAUUUAAAUGUAUUUUUAUUAACUACAAAAGUUGGAGGAUUAGGAGUUAAUCUUACAGGUGCUGAUAGAGUAAUAAUAUAUGAUCCAGAUUGGAAUCCUUCAACAGAUAUUCAAGCAAGAGAAAGAGCUUGGAGAUUAGGUCAAAAAAAAGAUAUAACAAUAUAUAGAUUAAUGACAACUGGAACAAUUGAAGAAAAAAUUUAUCAUAGACAAAUUUUCAAGACUUUUUUAACAAAUAAAAUCUUGAAAGAUCCAAAACAAAAAAGAUUUUUUAAAAAUAAUGAUUUACAAGAUCUUUUUACUUUGGGAGAUCAAAAUGAACAAGGUACAGAAACUGGUGAUUUAUUUAAUAAUGGUAAAGAAGAUAAAUAUAGUGGAACAAAACAAAGAAAAUCAAAUUCUUUAAUUAAAAAAAAUUUUAAAAAUGAUGAUGAUUUUUAUCAAGUUGCUAAAAUUUCAGGAGUUUCAAAAUUAGAUAAAUUUGAAGAAGGUGAAGAUCAGAAUGAAGAAGAAGAACAACAACAAAAAGAAGAUCCAGAAGAUAAUAGAAUUAUGGCUGGAAUAUUUGCAAAAAGUGGAGUUCAUUCAAGUUUAAAACAUGAUGAAGUUAUAAAUUCAAAAGAUAAUCAAGAAAUAAGUUUAUUAGAAAGAGAAGCAAAUAAAUAUGCAAAUGAAGCAAUUGAAGCUUUAAAACAAUCUAGAUUACAAACAAAAAAAAAUAAAAUUGGUACUCCUACAUGGACUGGUAGAUUUGGAUCAGCUGGAAAAAAUUUAAAAGGAACAUUUGGAGUAAAGAAGAGAAAAGUUGAAAAUACUGAAAACGGAAAUGGAAAUGGAAAUGAAGUGGUUCAAGAAGGAGAAGCAUCAUCAACAAUAUUAAAUAUAUUAAAACAAAAAAAUGAUUUAAAAACAAAUGAAAAAAAAUCAAAAGAAGCUAUAUCAAGACAAGAAACAAUUGAAAAAAUUAUAACCUUCUUAAAAAAUCAACCUAAUUUUUUUGCAACUUCUUCACUGAUUAUUCAAGGUUGUGAUUUAAAAUUGGUUUCUGAUGAAAGUAUGAUUAUGAUUCGUUCAAUGCUUAGAGAAGUUGCUACUUGGGAUGGUGUUAAAAGAGGUUGGAAAUUAAAUGAUUCUUUAAUUGAUUUAUAA